GAGUAGUAUAUGUGCUAUUAGUACAAUUGGGAGCGCGCGCGCGCUUGUAUUUGCGUUUCCUCGCAGUAAGUUGAGGAGCGCGAAGUGCAAAGUUGGGUUGCCUUACGAGGUUUACAAAGACAAUCGGCAGUUUUCUGUAAAUUCAGGGUUUUUUUUUACUAAGCGGUGAAAACAUGUCAACCACGGGAGCUAAAUUAAGUAAAAAGGAGCAGAACUCAAACCACGACGGAGCGGACGAGACCUCUGAAAAAGAGCAACAGGAAGCUAUUGAGCAUAUUGAUGAAGUACAGAAUGAAAUUGACAGACUGAAUGAACAGGCCAGUGAGGAAAUCCUUAAAGUGGAGCAAAAAUACAACAAGCUUCGCCAGCCAUUUUUUCAGAAGAGAUCAGACCUCAUUGCCAAAAUUCCCAACUUUUGGGUCACUACAUUUGUGAAUCACCCACAGGUCUCUGCUCUCCUUGGUGAGGAGGAUGAAGAAGCACUUCACUAUCUCACUAGGGUGGAAGUAACAGAAUUUGAAGACAUCAAAUCAGGCUACAGAAUAGAUUUUUACUUUGAUGAAAACAUGUAUUUUGAAAAUAAAGUUCUAUCCAAAGAAAUUCACCUGAGUGAAAGUGGAGACCCAACUCCAAAGUCAACUGAGAUUAAAUGGAAACCAGGAAAGGACCUCACAAAUCGUUCCAGUCAAAAUCAAAGUAAAGUGGGCAAGAAGAGGCAACAUGAAGAGCCUGAGAGCUUUUUCACCUGGUUCACUGAUCACUCUGAUUCAGGAGCAGAUGAGCUGGGAGAGGUCAUAAAAGAUGACAUCUGGCCCAAUCCUCUCCAGUAUUACCUGGUCCCAGAUAUGGAGGAUGAGGAAGGAGAGGGUGAAGAGGAAGAUGAGGAAGGUCUAGAAGACAUAGAUGAAGAGGGAGAAGAUGGAGAGGAGGAUGACGGAGAGGAUGAUGAGGGAGAGGAUGAUUAAAGAGAGAGUGGAGCAUAAUCCAACAGUGCUUAGUCCUGUCUGCCACAACCCAUCUGUUUCUUUGGUGAUUCUUGGGGAGGAAUGCACCUUUUUUACCCCUUUACUUUCUUUGGGUUUCCCCCCCUGCUCCAUCUAUCUUGAAAGUGCCAGAUUAAAUUUCACCAAUGAAGAGACAAAAACUGACUGUAAAAUAAUGCCACUAUGGCAGUUAAAAUCCCAAAUAGGUUUGAAGAUUAAAAUAAAAGGCAAAACACACUGUAAUAUAAGCAGCACACUGUCUGAAAUAGACUUGUGAAUAGGGUACACUGUGUGUGUGUGUGUAUGUAUGUAUGUAUGUAUGUGUGUGUAUAUAUAUAUAUAUAUAUAUACACAUACACACACACAUAUGUACGUGCUCCUACGUAGUAAGUACCCUACAUAUGAACGAGUUCCGGCCUGAGAUCUUAUUCGGAAGUCCAACAAACAUUGUUUAGGUACUUGGAUACUAACACAAUUGGCUAUAUACAGUACAGUGUUCUUUAGAAUCAUGCUGAUGGUUAAAUGAUUUAUGUUAAAAGAACAAGCAAUGUCUCUUAAGUCUGUUUUUACUUUGUUUAGUUCUUUCAAUUAUUUUGAUCAGGAUGAGCUUUUAUUGCUGCUGCAGAUAGAAUAUUAGUUUGGCCAAUUCUGGUACAUUUAUAGAUGUAAAUUACACUGUCUCUGAGAAGUAAACAUGCAUGUUUGUAUCUUUGAAAGUUUGUAACUUGAAUGUUCAUAUGUAGGGGACUUAUUGUGUGUGUGUAUAUAUAUAUAUAUAUAUAUAUAUAUAUAUAUAUAUAUAUAUAUAUUAAUAUAUAAUAUACACACAUGUGUAAUGAGGUUCACUUUAACUGCAAUAGAAGAUUUUUGGCAUUUUAAUUUUUCAAGUUGCACUGUAUAUACAUGGACAUUAUACAUACUGUUCACUUUAUUGGGUACACCUGUUUUAGACCAUAUUUUUCUAUCAAACUGGUGUAAUUGUGUGGCAUAGAUUGAACAAGGUGCUGGAAACACUCCUUAUAGAUUUUAGUCUGUAUUGACAAUAUUGCAUCACUGGAUGCAAUGAUGCAAAUCUCUAGACGCUGGAGGUCAUAUGAGUGCAGUGAACUGUCGAUCAAGUUUGAAAUGACUAGGUCUGUGACUUGGCAUCUUAUCCUGGGGUCAAAAAGGGAUUGCCUGGUCUGCAACACCACUCACGUAUAUCAUGGCAUUUAAAUUAUGCUUAAUUGGUAGUAAGAAGCCCAAAAAUGUGCCAAUAAAAUAUCAUUCACAACAUUACUCCAGCAUGACCAGCCAUUGACAAUGAAGUAUAUGGAUCCAUGCUUUCAGUGUUUAACAUUGAUUUCUGACCCUACCAGCCAAAUGUCACAGCAGAAGUCAAGAUUUAUCAGACUACAAAGCAUUUUCUCUUUUUCCUGUUAGCUUACAGCAGUGGCACUCUGUUGUCUUCUGCUGCUGUACUCCCAUCUGUUUUGAGUUGUGCAGUAAGAGAUGCUCUUUACAUAUGAGCCUUUCUAUCAGCAGUUGAACAGAUGUACCCAAUGAAAUGGCACACAUAAAUUAUUUCAUUCUGUUAAUGUGGUAAAAUGAACAUGUUCAGCAUUGUUCUUAACAGUUUAGCUGCUCAUGGCAUUACAAUUAUUUUUCUCUUCUAGCUUGUAGUUUCAAGAAAAUUCACAGCCUUACUCCUUUCCCACAAGUAAGCUUGUAAUUUUGAGGGCUGACCCUCAGUGAGGGGCAAACGGUAUUUGAAAACUUUUUUUUAAAUCUAGUUUACAGUCCUUCAUUGGAUUUGAAAUUACAUUUUAAUAAAAUCUUUAAAAAUAAACAAACAAAAAAAA